GGUCCAAAACUGGAACUACCAUCUUCACCCCCUUUUCCUUCAUUCUACUUUCUCCCCAGUUUUCCGACGAUCAUGGUAGAUGGGUAAAGCAACCAGGUGGAUCCGCUCCCUUUUCCGGCCCAAAAGAAACUCAGUCGGGUCGGAUUCUCUCCGGGAAUUCAAACCUAAUCCAUCGGAAUCUUCCUACGCUCAUGAAUCAUUGGAUGCUAACAAACAUGCGAUAGCAGUCGCCGCCGCCACGGCUGCGGUGGCCGAGGCAGCGCUUGCGGCAGCUCAUGCGGCGGCGGAGGUUGUGAGGCUAACUGCUUCUGGUCAUGGGAAUAGAAGUUAUCAUGAGGGUGACCGCCGGAGGGUGACGGCGGCCGUCAAGAUACAGUCGGCGUUUCGAGCGUACUUGGCUAGGAGAGCAUUGAGGGCACUUAAAGGAUUGGUGAAGCUUCAGGCACUUGUUAGAGGUCGCAUCGUUCGAAACCAGAGUGCCGACAUGCUUCGUCGAAUGCAGGCCAUGGCUCGUGUCCAGGCUAGAGCCUGUGCCACUCGAGCUUCCUUAUCGGCCUCACCACAUUCAAGCACCCGCUCUUCCAAUUCCCACAAUCAUCCGAAAUCUAGUUCGAUUCAAGGCUCGUACAUUCAAGAGCGGUUAAAAGGGCUGUAUUGGUUGGAAAAUUGGAUGGACGAGUCUUCGUGGAGCAGUAAAAAUUGCCGUCCCGAUGACGAAAGGAGCGACAAGAUUCUUGAAGUCGAUACUUGGAAGCCUCGGCUCGAUCCGAGCCCGAGUAACAAGUCGGCCUACGACUCGCAUUCCACACCACCGAAGCCGUGGAACCGACAUGGGUCCAGGGAAGUAUUGCCGUUGGGUUCCAUGAUCCUUCGAGAAGCGGAGAAAGCCGUAACGACAGCCGAUAACACGCCUCGAGUUCAUUCCCCUGCUUCGAGACCUGGAAGCAGCCAUAAACGGAGCCCGUUUGCUGAACACUCACGGAGCGUUUUCGGGGAUUACCCGAGUUACCCAAACUACAUGUCGAACACGGAGUCUUCACGAGCAAAACUGCGGUCCCACAGUGCUCCGAGACAGAGGAUUCAGUUUGAGAAGUCGGGUUCGACGAGAGUGAUUUGGGAUUAUUCGGAUACCAUCUCCGAGAGAGGAUUUCAAAGCUAGAUUUCGGCCUCUAAGCCGGUUAUUGGAUUGCAAAAACGAAAUCGUUUGUUUUUUUGAUUAGGUUGAUGAUCCAGGUUGUUUUAUGUUAUGGUCCGAUGGUGUGUUAGCUGAAUUCUGUUUGGGGAUGUAAUUCUAUAACUGUAUAUGUUUGUGCCAUUUAAACUUAACAGGUUCCAAUAAGCAUUAACCACGGUCCAGACAAGCUCUUGACUGAAAAUGGUUGUUUAUCAAGCCUUUUGUGGUAUGUGCUUACCGAUAAAAUACAUUUUAUCAUCUCGUGU